GCAAGCAAUCACAUGGACCUCCUGGCUCUACAGCAUUCAUCACUUACUUGGUGCUUUCAAAAAGUUUUUAACCGUAGUCCUGGAGCACGGCUGCAACUCAGGAUCUGAUGGGACUAGCAGCAGUGCUGCUGCAGGGACUAACUGAGCCCACCCCACUGUUUCAUUUGACUUUUGCCCAGCCUUUAACAGUCUCCUGAAUAACGGGAUGCUAGUGAUUAUGUUCCCCACGGUGAAUAGAGGGCAUUGUUUGGCUUUUCUCAGCCUCUCCCUGUUUGGCUUGGUCGGGAUGCAGUUUGAUGUUACCCAUGGGAGCCCGACGGAAGAUGAGGAUUACUAUCUGCAGGAAAUUCUUAACCGGGAGCAUUACUAUUCCUUACGGGAGGCUGAGGAGCCUUUUUCAGAGGCAUCUGUAGCGGCACAGCCUUUGGAAGAGGAACGCUCCAAACCCAGCAAGAAAGAGGUGAAAGCCAAAAAGGAGAAGGGAAAAGAGACAGAUAAGACAGCCACUAAUGCAAAGACAGUUAAAAGUGGAAACAAAAAAAAUGAAAAUAACAAAAAGGGCAACUGGAAAAGCCCCAGUGGCAGCCAGGAAGCAGAGGUCCACUAUGAAGCUGUCAGAGAGGUGUGUCCUCCUAUGGGCCUGGAAGCCUUGGGGAUUGAUGACUUCCAGCUGCACGCCUCAACAGUCAAACGGUACGGCUUGGGAGCCCAGCGGGGGAGGCUUAACAUUCAGGCUGGUAUCUAUGAGGAUGACUUCUAUGACGGGGCCUGGUGUGCAGGGAGGAAUGACCCUCUGCAGUGGUUUGAGGUGGAUGCUAGAAGACUAACCAAGUUCACUGGAGUCAUCACACAAGGCAGGAAUUCCCUGUGGUCGAGUGAUUGGGUGAAGUCAUACCGGGUCAUGGUGAGCAACGACAGCCACACAUGGGUAACAAUUACAGAUGGAUUGGAGGACGUGAUUUUUCCUGGCAACACGGAGAAGGAAAUUCCUGUAUUGAAUGAGUUCCCGGUUGCGAUGGUUGGCCGCUAUAUCCGUGUAAACCCUCAGUCCUGGCACGAGGCUGGCAGCAUCUGCAUGAGAGUGGAGAUUCUGGGCUGCCCCAUGCCAGACCCUAAUAAUUAUUACCACAGAAGGAAUGAGAUCACAACCACAGACAAGCUGGACUUCAAACACCACAGCUACAAAGAAAUGAGGCAGUUGAUGAAGGUCGUAAAUGAAAUGUGCCCGAACGUCACAAGAAUUUACAACAUUGGCAAAAGCCACAACGGACAGAAACUCUACGCUAUUGAGAUCUCAGACAACCCUGGAGAGCAUGAACUGGGUGAGCCUGAGUUCCGCUACUCUGCAGGUGCUCAUGGCAAUGAGGUACUGGGUCGGGAGCUACUGCUGUUGCUGAUGCAGUUCAUGUGUCAGGAGUACCUGGCUGGAAACCUGCGGAUCAAACACCUGGUGGAGGAGACCAGGAUCCACCUCUUGCCUUCCAUGAAUCCAGAUGGAUAUGACAAGGCCUUUGAAGUGGGCUCAGAGCUAGGAGGGUGGUCACUGGGACGCUGGACUGAAGAUGGCAUCGAUAUCAACCACAAUUUCCCAGACCUCAACUCCAUCCUUUGGGAGGCAGAAGCCAAGAAGUUGGUUCCAAGAAAGGUCCCCAAUCAUCAGAUCCCCAUUCCAGAAUGGUACAUGUACGACAAUACCACAGUUGCAGUGGAGACCCGGGCAAUGAUUGCAUGGAUGGAGAAGAUUCCUUUCGUGCUGGGUGGUAAUCUGCAGGGGGGGGAGCUGGUGGUGACGUACCCCUAUGACAUGACCCGCUCCCUGUCAAAGACGCAAGAGCAGACUCCCACCCCCGACGACCACGUCUUCAACUGGCUCGCCUUCUCCUACGCUUCCACGCACCGCCUCAUGACCGACGCCAGCCGGCGGGUCUGCCAUACUGAAGACUUUGCCAAGGAGGAUGGCACCAUCAAUGGGGCCUCCUGGCACACAGCAGCUGGAAGUAUGAAUGAUUUCAGCUACUUGCACACCAACUGCUUUGAACUGUCUGUGCAUGUGGGCUGUGAUAAAUUUCCCCAUGAGAGCGAGCUGCCGGAAGAGUGGGAGAACAACCGCGAGUCUCUGCUUGUGUUUAUGGAGCAGGUCCAUAGGGGUAUUAAAGGUAUCAUCAUUGACCCGCAAGGAAGAGGGAUCGCUAACGCCAUUAUAUCAGUGGAAGGAAUCAACCAUGAUAUCCAAACUGCUGCCGAUGGUGAUUACUGGCGUCUCCUAAACCCAGGCGAGUACAAGGUGACUGCCAGGGCAGAGGGCUACUCCUCUUCCACCAAGGUCUGCGAGGUGGGUUACGACAUGGGCGCCACGCAGUGUGACUUCGUCAUGACCAGAACAAACCUGUCACGCAUCAAAGAGAUCAUGGAGAAGUUCGGAAAGCAGCCCAUUAACCUUCCCGCCAGGCACCCCAGGCCAAGAGCACAGCAAAGGGGUCAACAGGCAUAGGUAACCCUUCCCUGGAGACAGACUUCAUUCAAGUGCACCAUUGUGGCAAAAAGGCUAAUCUUGUGUAGGAAUCAAAAGAGAAAAAAAUGGGCAGAACUGAACGGUAAUCUAAUCAUAUACUUUGCAGGUUACCUUAAUCAGAUUGGCAAUGGUCACAAAUCCAUAAGAAUUACAAUGGGAUCUGUCCCAUUAUUUUUUAAGUUAUUAUCUGUAUAAUUAGGACAUUGAUGAGACAAUAACUAGAACAUAUAAGCUAGUCAUAUUUGAUUCCACUGCCAGGGAUGUUUUCUUUGUUGUUGGUAUCGGAAGUCAUAAGAAUUUGUCGCCAUUGUCGUUUGUGGAACCCAUUCGUGUGGAAUUGCAUGCUUAUUUCAAUCUUUCUUAAACAGCACUGCAAUUUGUUGCAUGAUGUUUCUGCUUUACUUUGUUCUUUAACAGAAAUAACUGCUUCAUCCCAAAUUCAGAUCUGUAACACUGAUGGUUUUGGAACUGGGUUUAAAGGGGUUUGCACAUUUAUUGUGCAAGAGGAGAUUGAUGUGUCCUUUCAAAAAUAGUUUGUUGACAAACUAAUUGCAGCACACCAAGAUGAAUGUCUUUUUUUAAAAAAACAAAUAAUAUCCUUUUGUUGUUUUAAACAAUCUUGACAGCAUUUAAUAUUAGCGAUGUGAGUUUUGGGAAACUUGGAAACCCUCAAUAUCGUGGCUUGAAACUGCAAUCAGUGAGUGAUGUACUGUACAAACCAUGGUUGAAAAAAUACAUGUAUCACCUGUGUGUACCUUGUACUGUAUAUUUUCUAAAGCUUCCAACUACAAAAACCCAGUGAUUUAAUACAGUAAGUCACAGAUGGAGCAGAGUUGACAGAUAAUGUCUACAAUGGAGCUUGAUUGAAAUUGUCACUAGCACUUUUAUAACUGAAAAAUUGACAGACGAGAAUUAGUGGCUAAGUAACCAUAAUGCCACAUAAAACAGUGCAACAUUAUUUUCCGUAAUGGGCACAUAGAUCCCUUCAGAGAUAAAGUUACAUGUUAUUUCUUCUUUGAAUGAGAAACUGCAUUGCAACCAGUUGAAUCCUGUAGAUCUGUUCAUUAGAAAGUGGACUGCAGUAUAAUUAAAUAGGAAGGAAAUCAACAAAGAGCAGUUUAAACAUCAAUGAAGCUUAAUAUGAAUAACAUCUACCCACCUAACUGUCCUAAUUACUAAAGGGUGUUCAUGCAGUUCAUUUCAAAUAAUUACAAUGUAAUUGAAUGGCUGCUGUUAGUUUAAAUGACUGCUUCUUGUAUCAGUUCUGGAGUGUUUGCUAUGUAUUGCAAAAGUAACUGUAUUUACUUUCAGGUCCACAUAUGGCUGUCAAGCUGUUAGUGAAACAUUAUGUACAUGCAUGGGUAUACCAUUUAUACAGUUUUUAGAGAAGAAUAAUUUGAUCUAAACUGCUUUUUAUAUUCCUGUUCAAAGCCCUGCCUUUUUUAUUGAGUUAUUUUAUUCUUCACUGUGUUCUUGCACUUUAAUAAAAGCAAAUGAACAUUA